AUGGAUUGGGACAGUACAUUAAUAAACACAGGGAUUGACAUGGAAGUCACUGAAGAACAAGUGGGAAUUUCUCUUGUGGGACAACAUGCAAGUUAUUCCAAGGAAGUUCUGGGAAUCUCUGUGGAGGAGCAAACAAGGAACCAAGACAGAACGGAUUCUACUCACGAAGGCAUGAACAGGGAUCCCAAGCGAAUUAAUGACUUCCUUAAGGUGACUUUCGAGGACGUGAUUGCAGAGCCUGAGUCAGUGCACAGCUUCGAUAAGGUGUGGCUAUGGAGUCAUGCUCUAUUCGAGGUAUCCAGGCUUUACCUCUACCACUUCAUUACCUUGAUGCUAGCUGUGCCUUUAGCACUGUUAGCUGGCCUGCUCUUCUCCAUCCUGAGUUUCUUGCACAUCUGGCUUGUAGUCCCCAGUGUGCAACUUCUGUUGACCAACUUGCACUGGGUAAAAGUUGUGUGGGCCAGUGUGCUGGAUCUUACCAUCACUCCCUUAUUCAGCAGUAUUGGAAGAAGCUGUGAGUCAUUCAGUAUUCGCUGGACAAAAGCCUAG